AUGGGGCCCGGUAUGGGCCCCGGCAUGGGGGGGCCCAUGGGCGGACGCGGCAUGCCGCGUGGGGGCCCCGGUUGGGGAGGGGGACCGGGAAUGGGAAUGGGGGGCCCCGGCAUGGGCAUGGGCGGGAUGGGAAUGAACCAAGGCAUGGGUGGCCGGGGCCCCAACAUGGCAGGGGGUGCUCGCCCUCCACCUCCGCGACUCCCCCCCAACCUUCCAGCCCUCCAGGGCAUGGGAAAACAUCCCGGAGGCGGCGGGGGCGGGGGCGGCGGCGGCGGCGGUGGGCCUGACAAGAUGGGCAUGGGGCGCGGUGGUAAGAACGGGCCGAACGGUGCCGGCGGCGGGGGUGCGACAAACGGCGGCGGCGCAUCUGCUCCGUCGAUGGGAGGCGGAGGAGGAGGGCCCAGCAUCAACGUGUAUGUUGGCAAGCUCAAGCCCGAGACAGACAACUCGCUGGUGCAGGAGCUGCUCACGUGCUGCGGGAGGGUGGAGAAGUGGAACCGGGCGGUGGACCCGUCCACAGAUCUGCCCAAGGCGUUCGGGUUCUGCACGUACCACAACGCGCAGGCGGCGGCCAUCUCGGUGCAGCUGCUGAACGACCUGGAGCUGGCCGGACAGCCCAUUCUGGUCAAGGUCGGCAAGAAAGAACAGCCUUCUUUGGAGGCAUUCCUGAGCCCGAAAGACGAGGAGUACGCCAAGAAGCACCAGGUUCUUCUCGACACCGUCAAAGCCAAGAUCGAUUCCGUCCUCGUGAGGUACGGCGAGCGCAGCGCUCCUGGCAAGGGCUCAUCCAAGGGCGGAAACGCCAACUCGGACGGGGGGAAAUCCCCGGUAUCCGUCGGCGCCAGCAGCCCUUCCCGCUCGGGCCGUGGUAGCUCCAAGGGGGGGGGCAAGGGGGACGGCGGAAAGGGUGGCGGUGGGUCUGGGUACCAGCAGGCCGGCGGCGGCGGCGGCGGCGGCGGCGGGCGGAAGUCGAGGAAGGACUGGGUUAGGUACGACGGGGCGGCGAUGCUGCUCAGCAGCGCGGGGUGGAGCGAGGACGAGGACGAGGAGAAGGAGGAACUCAUCACUAGCGAGAUCGAGAAGUUCAGGCAGAAGCAGGCGGAGAGAGACAAGAAGCUGGAGGACGAGCGGCGGCAGGAGCUGCAGCGCAAGAUCAAGGACGCGCAAAGACGGGAGAAGCAAAAGGAAGAGGACAGCAAGAGGAGGGAGCAGGCUUCUCGGGACCGGGAGGCGCGGGAGAUGGUCGCGAUGGCCGCGAUGAAGAGCCGCGACGACAAGGAUACCGCGGCGGACCAAAAGAAGGGCGGCGACGAAGACGGCAAGAAACCCUCCUCGCCGAACGGCAGGGACAGAGACCGGGACAGGGACAGGGACAGCAGGGGCCACGACCGACGCAGGUCUAGAUCCCGCUCUCGCUCCCGAUCCCGCUCCCGCUCGAGGGAGCGCAAACGCGGGCGGCGGGAGCGUUCCUCGGACCGGGACGGCGGCAGGAACCGUUCUCCGGACCGGUACCGAGGGGACCGCGACAGCAGGCGCGACGACCACCGCGAUAGCGAUAGGGGCGGUGGUCGCAGCAGCGGCGGGGACAAGGAUAAGGACGGAGGAGGGGGGGGUAGCAGCGACAAGGAUAAGGAGAUGGAGGCCAAGCGGGCCGCCCGCGCGAAGCUCGCGGAAGAAGAGACGCGCAAGCGUCGCCUGGCGGUCCUGUCCGCGCUAGAGAACGCCGGUAACGACGGGGACGACAGCGACGGCGGCGGCGGCGGCGACGGCGGGGCGGGAGCGGGGGCGGCCGCAGGCGGGGGAGGGGCGGUAGGGAACGGAGGGGCUGCGAGCGCGGUGGACGAGAGGCAGAGAAAGGAGGAGCUCCGGAGGCGCAAGGCCGUUCUCGCUGCCCUCGGGGACGGCAUGCUCGAUUCCGACGACGACGAGGAGGAAGAAGAGGAAGAGGAGGAGGACGGGGCGAAGCCGGCAGCAGCGGAGGCGUCAACGCUGGCGGCGGCAACGGCGGGCGGGGAAGGCGAUGCCGGCAAGGAGGGGUCCGAGAGCAAAGUGGCCGCUGUCGUGGAAAAGAAGGGCAAGGCGAGGGAUAAAGAGCUGGUCGGAAGCAUCCCCAAGGACCGCGAGGAGCUUUUCGCGUACGAGAUCAACUGGCAGAUGGUCGAACAGCACAACAUUAUCCAGUCCAAGAUGCGGCCUUGGAUUGUGAAGAAGAUCAUCGAGUACCUCGGGGAGGAAGAGAAGACUCUCACCGAGUUCGUUCUUACCAAGCUGGGCCAACGGGCCAAGCCACAGACGAUUCUUGACGAGCUCAAGUUGGUGCUGGAGGAAGAUGCCGCGGUUUUCAUGACCAAGAUGUGGCGCAUGCUCGUCUUCUGCACGCUGCGAGCAAUGGAGAGGGCGCAGUAGAGCUAGCGCCAUCUGUACCUGGCCGCAGCAAGCGAAACAUGUCGAUGUGUUGUGCCUUCGCAAACAUUGACAGACAACGUGUUGCAGAGCAAGGGAUACACAGCAGGUAGACUUUUUUUUUCUCCGUCGACGGAUGGGGUGGAAAUGGCGUAGGGAGGCAGCGCGCAUAGGUUUGACGUACGUGAGACAAAAGGAGGGGCUAGCGAAAUAUUAUUCCUUCGUUUGCCAGCUGUACCUGUACCUAUGUAGGUGUACGGAGGCGUUUGCUGGCAGAGAAGUGACCGCAACGGGGUUAGGUUGGGUGAUUAUGACGUCGUGUGUGUCUGGAGAAAUCGCGCCGCCAGUAUGACAUGACAUGACCGAUUCCUCCUCUCGCUCCGAUAAAUGUAAAGCCUGUUUGUGGUGUUCUUUGGUGGUUUGUGGGGUGUACUGCUUGUAGAAGCUGCCUCGUAUUUCCCAGGAGCUUUCGAUUUGCCGGUCGUCUAUGUAGCAGCAGACACGAGGUGAAGUUUUCUUGGAAUAUUUAUGUCAUUGGAAAGUGAUGGUAAUUUGUUAAUGGUGCG